AGACUGUUCCGUGUGCAAAAGCAACCCGUUGUAAGCUACGGUGAGGUGGACGACUAGGGCGGACAUUCAUCUCUUCGCUUCGUGUAUCCUAAAUCGACUCAAUUAUGGCAUCUGGCAUCACUCUGGAUGAGGAAGCUCUCGACUUUAUCGCCAAAGAUACCAAGGGACAUGUUUACAAAUAUGUGAUUUUCAAAAUUAAUGACAAGAAAACAAAGAUUUGCUUGGACCAGAUACGACUGAUUUCUGAUUUGGGCGCUGACUGUAAAACAGUCGAGGCAGACAAGGAGGAGUUUAAGCGUUUAGGCGAGAUCGUGCCGAAAGACAACAUGCGAUAUAUCAUGUACACCUACGUUGAUCAGACCAAUAACUACCAGAGGAGUCUCAUUAGAUGGUUAGGACCAGAUGCUAAAGUUAACAUCCGGAUGGUUUAUGCAUCAUCCGAGAAUGUCAUACGAAACAGACUUGGAGGUAAAUUAACGAAGCUGAUGCUUGAAGACGAAUUCCAGUAUCCACAGGACAUAUUUCAAGCAGAAGAUCCACAGAAAAAGCUUUCGAAUUAGGGGUAACUGUGACAGAACAAACUUUACUUUUCUACGGAUUCCUAAGUGUUAACUAAUUUGAAUGCCAUUAGUGUAUAAUCUUCAUCACUGGUAUACGUUCACGUUUCCUCAUCUGAUAAGGGACAACCAUUACCAGGAUGUGAUGCUCGGCGGAGAACAUGUUGACUUUGUAUGCUGAACAAUAUUAUCAUUUGUAUUCACUUUCUGCAAUAUCAAAGGUCUUGUCUGAACCAUCACCUCCGUUAUAAAACAUUUGGCACUACCUAUGACUCUGUAAGUAAAGUUUUUCAUAUAUUAUAACUGAAUGUGAAUUGUUAUCAAGUAGACGUUGUGUUAAUAAUGGAUUCAAAUACAUAUAUUAAAAACCAUAUCAUUCAGAUGAUUUAGUAAUAAAGUCAUUGCUUCAUGUAUCCGUAACCAUGUUUUGCACUGAAAAUUCAUAAUUUCCUUAGAUAUGCGAAUGGGCGAGUGAUGUAUGUUGUUAGUGAUUUGGGCUUGAGACAGUCCCUUGUUGGAAUGCGCCAUACCUGUGUGUGUAACCCACUGGCGCACACACCUAGACGCAACUAUUUCCUCGUUCAGACUGUCCCCAGUCGAAAGCCUGCGUGUUUGCAAUAGGCCAGGUAAACUGUUUUGAUAACAUGACUGCUAGCAUGUAACAUUCCAGUGUUUAGCGUGCUAUGUUAAAACAGGUGGUGGUAUGACACAGGUGUCUUCUGUCAUCGUAUAGCGAGCGCUGUAUAGCGGGGAUGGUAAACAGUGCUUCAACCAAGCGUUGAAAUUCCAAUGUGUAGUCUGUAUGAGUAUUUCAUGUGGCGCACUCGCUAACAUUCAGAGCGGAGAAAAAGGACUUUUACUCAUGACUAUCGUUGCGUGGCUUUAUUUGUAGAGGAUUGAUAAAGAAAUGACCCUAGCUGUGUAGACUCAUCAAAAGCAAUUCCAUUUCCAAGUUGUUUUUAAGCGAACGCUAGCAACUGGAGUAUGAAAUACAUCUCUGAAAGGCAAUAUUUUUGCAUAUCGACUCCAAACCUACAUACUAGCGGGUAAAAGAAACUAUACAUGGUUUAGGCCACGUAAAAUAAAUGUCUUGUUUCUCAUCAAUUUUUAAAAACUGGGUAGGCAGGGUGGAUUUUAUUUUUAUAUUUUGACAUUCAGGGGAAAUGUAUUAGUCGAAAACUUGGAACGCCGGAAGCUGGGACGGAUUUCUGAAGUCUGCCGGCUUUAUACACGGAAAUUUACCAGUGAAAAUAAUAUUUUACAGAUUAGGGUCGGGACAAAUUUUAGAGUCGGACGGUAAUGAGAAGCAAGAAAUUAUUUUAUGUGGCCUUAAAAAAAUAUAAAAAAUCAUCAAAGCAUUACUCGGCUGAAAACAGGACAGGGCGUCAUGCUGGGGUGGUUUAGAUAGCAUUCAGACGUUGGCCCAACGUUGGCAAUGGUUUUGCCAACAUUGCCAACGUUGGGCCUACAUCCGAAUGCUAUCUGGGGGAGUGUGUGUUCAUACCACGCAUAACUCGAACGUGCUAUCCGGUGGGCACAGUGGGCACGUGACUUAGUUCAUUAUACCUAUGUUCGACCAACAGGAAAUGGGUGGAAGUAAAACAUCUCCAAAAGCCUGUUGGCAAGGGUGUUGAGAAUGACUACAUUCGGAUUCACUGGAAAGGGAUACCCCUUUUGAGUACAGAUGUCUUGAUAAGUGCGUCAUAAAUAUGUAUAGCACAAUAUGACGAGAUUGAAAUUAGGAACUGUUGUUCAAACACAUAAGUGCGUCAUAAAUAUGUAUAGCACAAUAUGACGAGAUUGAAAUUAGGAACUGUUGUUCAACCACAUUGCAGUCAAUUCUUGUAAAUAAAAACAACAAUAACUU